UUUAAAGACAAAACUCAGGUAGUCAGACAACUGAAUUAAAAAAUGGUCUGCAAGCCCUGCGUUUCCACCUUGUGAAGUCCCCGCCCCUUAUUGUAAGGGUUCGUUUGGACUGUGUCUGCGCACCCAUCCAUGGCAACCAUCAACAAACUACAGAAAGUGGUAACUGGCUGAAAUACCGGGACGUGAUUAGAUUUCUUAAAACAAAAAUCUCACGAAGUGGUUGCAACUGGUUGUUUUUAAACCCCAUAUCUUAUUAAUUCUAAGAAAAAUGCCUCACCAAGCAUCUGAUAUCAAUAAUAUUUCUAUGGUAAAAGAAGAUCAUCGUCUGUGUGAGAAGGCCCAACUGCAAGAACUGAACCAGCACUUUGGUAACUGUAUCCAGAAUGUGAGGUCUAUGAGGGGUCAGCCAGCACAGUUUGACUCUGCAGCACAGCUGAAUCACAUUCAGAGGUCAGAGGAGGAGAUCCUAGCCAUCCGGAGCAUGUAUGAUAAAGAGAUUCAGGCCCUCCAUAGGCAGCUGGAGCUGACCAGCUAUGAGAGGGCAAGACUAGAGCUUAACAACCUCCAGAACUGCCAGAUGGCUACUGAAUACCUGGACAGAGUUACUGAGCUAAAUGGCCACCUCUUAAGAAAAGAUGAAGAACUGAGGAGUCAGCAGCUGCUAUUGUCUCAGAAGGAAAAGGAGCUUGAGAAAAAGACUGAUUUGACUGUGUCUCCCUCUGCCAAGCCUGACCUGGGCAGAAACGAACUUGAAGAACUACACCACCGUCUCCAGGAAAUUCAGUUCAGGUACGAAGCGGAAUACUCCCAAAGGUUGCAGCUUCAGGAUGAAGUGAGUGUUCUAAAACACAAGCUGGAACUGCAGCAAGAGGAUCAUUCCCAGCUGCUGGAUUUAAAGAUGCACCUGAGUAAUGACCAGAGACACCGUGGACAAGUGGAUGAAGAGAACCAGCAUCUGCUUGAGCAGGUGAAUGAGCUGACAGCCAAGAUCACUGCACUGGAAAGCAAGCUUUUCCAUGAAGAGAGCAACAACAGAGGGCUCAUUGAGAGGCUGAAACAGGAGCGACUGAGCGACCAGCGGCGCAUUCAAGCCCUGGAGACCAGGCUAGAGGAAAUGCAGGAUCUGCUGCUGGUCAAAAUGAAAGAGCUUGCUGACUCUCAGGAGGCGGACGCACCUCUACAAACAGAGCCUGACUCUCUCAAGGCUGUGGUCGAUGAAGAAAAAGACAAGUUUUUACAGAACCAGUCCCACCUAAGCUCAGAGAGGCUCCACACGGCAGAGGACCUGCCUCAGUGCACAUCUCCUGACCCGACAGCCUUCAGCUCAAGCCAUACAGCGUGUAUAUCACCUAAGCCAGGAAGACCAGCCACUUCUUCUGGGAUACAAAGAAGCAGGCAAGAAAAAGGAAUGGUUAGCUUUGAAGAGUCAGAGGGUCCCAAGCGAGCUGUUUCUGUGCCACCUUCCCUUGAUCUGGGGAAAGCCUCUAUGGGGCAAGGAAAGGAUUAUUUCAACUCUUUGUUCAGGGAGCUGAAGAAGGAAGCAGCACCCCCUAGUAAGAGCAAAAGCAGGUCUUCCACAGCACAAGACUACCAAAAUGCAAACUCCAGUGCCAUUGGGAUUAUUGAAAUAGCUGAAGUCGAUCAGAGUGGACGGUUUGUAAGGCUGGUAAACAGUUCACCUGAGCUUGAAGAGGACAUUGGUGGAUUCAUCCUGCAGCAGAAUGUUGGUGGCCAUCCUGUGGCAGUGUAUAGAUUCCCACCAAGGACACGAAUGAAGGCAGAUGCCACAGUAACACUGUGGUCAGCAGCAGCAAAUGUCUCUCACAAACCUCCAAAGGAUUUUCUAUGGAAAGAGCAAAAUAGAUUUGGGACUGGUCCAGAAUGUACAACCAUCUUCUGCAGACCAAAUGGCCAGGCAGUAGCUUGGUAUACACCGGCUCGAUGGAAUGUUAGGUUACAACAAGCAUGGCAAGACCCUGUCUCUGAUGAAGAGGUUCAGACCAGAAGCCAUUCAGCUUUACUGUCUAACGAUGGUAAGCUAGCAGAGAAAGUGGAAUAUGAGACGGCUGGGAAUCAUGUAGACCUGCCUAGUACUAAACACUCAAGAACCCAGAGUAACCAGAGAGAAGAGGAGCCACCUGUUUUACUGAAAAGGGAGAAGGAGGCUCCACUUGCUCUAUUCCCACCUCGCAGUCCCUGGGUUCAGAGCACCAGCUCUCCCACACACCCUGCCUAUGCACCCCCCAGACCACUGUCCAUGGGUAAUGACGGGAGCAGCCUGUGCAGACAGGCUCGGUCACAGUCUACCAGGCCAGACCCAGCAGCCGGUUAUCUGUGUACAGGGAGCAGCAGUGGCAGGAGUGCAGCCUCAGGAAGGGAACGCAGCAAAAGAGGGCCUACUCGCUCAGCAGGGCCCAGUCUAGGUGGAGUAAUGUACUUGGGGCACCCCACUCCCUUUGCCUCCCCACUGCAGAGAUACUACGCCAACGCCUCGUACAACAUCAAGCUGUCUAGCCAGGCACCUCUCUCACCAAGCCGUCUAACUUCUAGCAGAAAAACCUGCUGAACUGUACCUAGUUCUGGAGAAAGCGAAAAUGCCAUUGAUUUAUAAGUUUAUGUUAAUGUGUAGUCAUUAAGCUUGUUAAAAAAAAACACUGCUUUGUAGUUUUCCAUAUACUUAAUGAAAAAAUGACAAAAAUAAAAGAAAUGUGACAUUUCGAAAUCUAACAUGAAAUACUGUACUACUAUUAUGGCUUCCGGUAGACUUUUCCAGUAUCAUUUUGUAGUUUCUUUAAUUACAUGAUGUUAAAUAAAAUAUCUAAAUUAUGUUCUUCAGAUCAGCUACAUCUUUGUGAAGUACCGAUCUCUUUUUGAGCACUUUAAAUGCAAAAUGAUAUAAUUAAGGGUAAAAAUGACAUUUUCUUCUUAACACUUGAGUUCUGUUUUAUGUCCCUGUCUUUAUUAUGAAUGCUGCAGGUAUCGCAUGUUUCUAAUGUUUAAUUCAUUUUUCUUAUUUAUCUAAAUCCAAUUAUAUGUUACGCUACACUAAAAAAAUGACUGCUCCCUUAUCUCUAUUGUUUAAUGCAUUGUGUUGCAUAUUUCAAGGUGUUCUCUUCAAUUAAAAGUAGAAAAAAAAUAGGCGCAAACAACACAACAGUGCCUGAGUGGCCUUGGUUUGGUUCUAGUUUUUUUAAUUGUUAAUUUAAUACCUUUUUUUGCAGCCUUGAUAAUUACAUUGUUUUGUUUUAAUGGAACUUUUUAAUGUUUUUUUUUUUUUUCUUCUUAACGGUCUAAUUGAAUCUCUGGACAAUGUUUACAAAGUCAUGAGCAAAGACCUGUUGUUUUUUUGUGUGUGUUUUUAAAUAAAGUUUGGUAUUAAUGAAA